AUGAACUCCUUUGCCUUGGUAUUUGCUUCUGUGAUCUUAUCGUUUGUUUCUGGAAAUCCUACCUCAUUGCCAGAUUACAAAACUGCUGAUUUAGUCUGGAAGGGAGAAGUGAUUCCAGGAGGUGAAAUUCAUACCUUCAAUGGAACCAUAGAUUCAAUCUAUGAGAAAAUCCUCAGUAUCAAUCCUGAUUAUGCGCAAGAGAAAUUUGAAAAGAAGAAAGAUAGUUAUGUUCCAAAACAUCAACUAGAAAAAAGAGAUAACAUUAUUUGUAACCCAGGAGGUGAUAUGGCUACUUACAGGGAUCUUAAAGCUGUUAUAAGUAAAUUAAAAGGUAUGGGUAGCUCUCAAUGUACCGCUGCAGCUGGUCCAAGAGUUUGUACUCGUUUAGGUUGCAAUCAUGGAUCUUACGUGACGUUUUGUAAUGAUAAUAAUUAUCCUGUUACUAGAAUUUGUGCUGAACUUGGAGAUAUGGCACAAAGAAUUGUAGAUUCAUGUAUUGCUAGGAACUCUGGAGUGGUUAUUGGACAAUAUUUCAAUUCUGCUGCUAAUUUCAAUGCUUUAGUCAAAGGUGGUGGUGCAUGUUAA